AUGGCGGGCCUGCUGAACCGCCUCGCCGGCUUCGUCGUCCGAAAGGCGCUGAACCUGGAGAAAUACCUGGACGACGUCGACUCCCUGUCGUUCCGCGUGCAGUCUGGUGACGGUUGGAUCCCGGAGCAGAUGGAGGUGGCCGGUCCCCUGCGGAUCAAGAGCAACCUGCUGAAGCAGAAGACCGAGAAAAGCCCAGUAGACGUGCCCGCCACGGUGGACACCGACGAGGGCGGUCACGCGGACCGGAUAGUGGUGCGUCUGCCCUCCUGGGCGCGGGACGGCUUGCGCGGGUAUCUCCCCGCGCGGCUUCCCUGGAGGCCCACCGACAGGGCCGCGUCGAGCUCGAGCCCCGCAAAGUCGGUGCUGCCGCCCGUGAAGCCGCCGCCGCCCCUGCGGCUGCCCGGCUCCAGGGAGGCGCGAUUCGCGGAGGCGGAGGAGACGCCCAUCGAGGAGGCAUCCCGAGAACAAAUCCAGGAUCGUUACGACGAGCCGGAGAAGGUGAUCGUCGAGGUCCACGGACUCGACUUUCGCCUCAGGACCUACUCCGCAGAGGAGCUGGCGGAGCUACGCCAGCUGACCUGCGAGGCGGUCCUCGAGGCCCUGGUGCGGGCGGCGGCGGGCAGCGACCUCAAGACGGACACGGCGUCCUCGAGCACCGCCCGGGCAGGCGCGUGGCCUCCCUGCUCGGGAGUUCGCAGAGGGGGAGUUAUCCCAAGGAGAUGA